CUUAUGAAUGUCCUUCGGGCUCCAUAAAUCCUUGCCAAUCAGAGCUGGUCUUGGCAGAGUCACGUGGAAGAACACUCUUCGAGACGCUAAGCAGUUUUAAGUUUUGGCAGGCGACAACAUCUCCUCACCUUCGGGAACCAACCUCCAAGUUUCUUCUUCAUCCGCAACAUCGCGAGAAGAACUCACAAAGUACAUCACAACUAAUCCAGUAUCUCCUCUGCAGUAUCUGCUGCUACGUAUACCGUCUGUCGACUUCUGGCAACCUAGACUGGAGCUGUGUUGGGGCGUUAGGCCUUUCCUUCUUCCUUUGCACUGUCGCACGUAGUCGCGGUAGAGAUUCACUUUUUGCUUCACAGUAGCCUCGUCUAGUUCUUUGGUGGCUUGGGGAGAAAUCAGAGCAGAGCAUAAAAGUAGACGUUCGAGCUGUGCUCCCUCUUCCUCCCUCCACAACCAACGUCGACCAUCUUCGUUCUGAACUGCACAGUCACACAGUGUCGCGUGUUUCUUAGUUCAUCAACAUGUCUUCCCCAGUAGCAGAUCUGGAGGCAAGUUUGCAAGCUAUGCUAUCCUUGAAACCUCCUGGAGUAUCUGGCACUCGAAUAAACAGCAUCACUGCGCUCUGCACUGCAAAUGUUCAGUCCGAAUCUGUCCUCAUUCAGAAGCUCUACACUCACUUUAAGAAAGCCCCCGGAACCCACAAACUUGGCGUGCUGUACGUUGUAGAUUCCGUAGUCCGCAAGUGGACAGAGCAAGCCAAGAGCGCCGGACAACCUAUAAACAGUUCUGCCCAGGAUGGAACGUUCGCUGCUGGUGUGCAUAGAGUAAAGGAACUUCUGCCUGUCCUCAUGAACGACAUAAUCCUCUCUGCUCCCGAUGAUCAAAAGGUACGCACAUAUAUUCGAGCUCAGUAGUUCUCAGGGUUUCGGACCCUCGUGAAAUCGCCCACCAUGUUCCAUAUCUACAGUGCAUAGUCUAUUUCAAUAUGAACCCCCACUUACUCUGCUUUUGUCUGUAGGAAAAAAUUAGAAAGUUGCUUGAUAUUUGGGAGAAAGGUCAGACUUUCCCCUUGCAAAUGAUCACUUCCUUCAAGGAGAAGCUGAGUGCACAGAGUAAGACAUCCUACCUUCUCCCACCUUUCAACCAUACUAUUCAGAUUCCUAAUCAUAGCUUCCCUUUCUAUAGAUUCAACUACAACUCCGCCAGGCAGUCCACCAGCAGAUCUCCAGAAAUCACUCCUAGGUCAGCAAGCAGCACCAGCUACAUCCGCUCCUGACACUUCUUCGAUCUUGGCGGCUCUCUCGAAUUUAGCACGCCAGAACCAAGCAGCUCCUCCUACGAGCUCCUUGCCACAACCUAUGGGUAGUUUGUACAAUGUAUCAAAUGCGCAGAAUAAUCCUGCCCAACAAGUUCCCGCUAUGAAUCAGCUCCCAAUUCCACCGAUGCCUAUGCCUGUAAAUGUGCCAGCCCCAGCGGCCACUUUUGCACCACAGACUCUGGGAUCGAAUAAUGGUGUUCAGAACUAUACCAAUAAUAAUCCGUAUGCGGGUGCUCCGCCAGUAAUGCCGCCAGCUGCCCUCGAUCCGGCUGUUCAGCAGCAAUUGAUAUUGAUUAAGGCUUUGUCAGACCAGGGCUUCUCGCCCGACAAGAUUGCUGGUAUCAUUGCGGCCAUGAGUAGUCAAGCACCUCCUCCUGUUCCAGGUGCGGGCGGAAUUCUUCCACCACCGCCAUUUGCGGCACAGAAUCAAAAUGCAAUCGCUCAUAAUGGCUGGUCUGGCCAGCCUGAUGAAUCACGUGACCGUAAUGGUUAUGACAAUGAGGCUGUGAGAUCUCCCCAAGGUCGUUUUCAUCGACGUUCCCGAUCCCGCUCUCCAAAGCCGGAAUGGAAUACUCGUGACUCUCCGGCUUCCCGCCGUCGUGAAGAGCAGCAGUUCGGUUAUGAUAGAGGCUCUCCAGGCGGAAACCGAGGGAAUGAUGACCGUGGACGAGGUAGGGGUGGUCGUGGAAAUGAUUACCGUCAGAGAAGCCCUCCACGCCGUGGUCAAAGUCCAAGUCCUCCUGGAUCAAGUAAUGGUCCCCCGCAAAAAUGGGUUGGGCACGAUUCCACUAUUCCAAGAGGCAGUAUUAAAGUGUUGAGCCGUACCCUCUUUGUUGGCGGAGUCACGUCGUCCGAGCAAGAGUUGAGAAAUCUCUUCUCCCAAUUCGGUCGAGUGCAAACGUGCAUAGUCAACAAGGACAAGCGUCACGCGUUCGUCAAAAUGAUCAGUCGACAGGAUGCCAUUGCCGCUAAAGAUGCAAUGGAGAAAAAUAGAGCUCCAGAUUCUCAAUUGCGGACGAGAUGGGGUGUUGGAUUUGGCCCACGUGAAUGCAGCGAUUACCAGACCGGUGUCAGCGUCAUUCCAAUCAGCAAACUCACUGACGCUGACCGAAAGUGGAUGGUCAGUGCCGAGUAUGGGGGUAGCGGUGGACAGCCCAUGGAGUCUGGUAUGGUAGUUGAGGAGCCUGACAUUGAGAUUGGUCAAGGAGUUUCUUCUAAGGCUAUCAGCCGCCGCAUGGGAACCGACCAAAGUGGUCACGGUGGUUCAAAGUUUAAUCGCAGUCGUGAUGACGACGAUCACCCCCGCCAACGCCGUGGAGGAGACCGAGAUGGUCGACACGACGACCGCAAGGAAAAAUACUCCAACAUCAGUGGACCUACUCCUAUGCCUCCUGUUCCUGCUUUCGGCAUGCCAGGCGGCUUUCCAUUCCCAAUGCCCACACUUGCUAACGGUAUGCCGAUGUUCCCUCCCGGAUUUACCUUCCCUGGACAAACAGCUACGCAAACACCAUCUCAGCCUCCUCCACCAGGACAUCGUACUUGAAGUGCUGUUGUUCCGAAAGGCGGCUCCUCUACAUAACGUUCCACCAUGGCGGUCAUAUCGAGAUACAUCUUCUCAGGUCCAACACGCUAUCUACGCCUGCCCCGAGAAAUGAAUCUUCGACCUUCUUCUUUUCAAACGCAACUGCAUUGCUACGGUGUUAUGGUGUUCUCGAUACCUCUUUUACGGGUAUCUCAAAACGGAAGCCCAGGUCCAGGGCGUGUUCAUGGCAUAAUGGUUUGAUCAAAGCAUCUGCAUAUUGUCUAUUUCAUUUUCUACCUCACCAUCCUCGAACAUCUCUUUGUUCGAAGACCGCUUCUCUUUCCAAAUGAACAGACAGAAGUGGAUAUUUUCCUCCAGUACCUUAUAGUGCAGCGGGUUUGUUUUAUACUCCACCUUUAUGAUUUCCAGCUAUCUUGUAUAGUUCGGGAUCUCGCGCUGAGGUUGGACGGUUUGGACUAGGCUGGCAUGUAUGUAAAACUUGUGACUACCAUCAAUCAAUUGCAC